AUGACGAUGCUGCUGAUUGCGACGUUGGUGCUGUUGGAGAUGGUGAUGGGGACGGACUGCCAGAUUGAUUUCCAGGCAUCUCCAGACGACUGUACGAAGUACAAAAUUAACAUCAGGGCUUUUUCUGUCCCCUACGAGGUGGCCAUGGACUGCCCCCGGGGUCUGGUGUUCUCGCUCAGACGUCGUCGGUGUGUGCCCAAGUACAGCGAAGACAACGACCAGUGUCCUAUAUUUAAAAACCGGAAGGAUGUUUUCGAACUGUGCCGGAGAUGUCCGAAUCGCGAUUGCCUUUAUCCGGAUCCGAUGAACUGCGCGCGUUACUACAACUGUUCCAAGCCACUUCCGGCGCCGCACGACGAACUGUGGGACAACAUGGAACCGUACCAACAGGAAUGCGAAUAUCCGGGCUACUUCGACAGAACACGUCUGAGAUGCGAGAAGGAUUUCUCCAAAGUGAAAUGUGCUACCGACCAAGAACAACCAAUAGAUUUUUGUGAAUAUAAGGCAAACGUCUGUCUUCGCGCCCAUUGCCGUCCAUGUAUCUACUCGUUCCCGAGUUGUCGCGGACUGAGUGACGGGAUCCAGGCGUGGACUGGCAGGACCUACACGCCCUACUACACCAAGUGCUUCAGACAGAGGGCGCUCACGGUAAACACGUGUCCGCCAAACUCGGCAGGCCAGCCCAGGAUCUUCUCCGCUAAAGUGAAGCGAUGUCGAGAACUGCGGAUGAUUCCGAGGAAGUUCGGAGGUCUGUCGGAGAUGGAAGAGGAGGACGAGUCUUCGGACGAGUAAAACACAUUGUAAUAAAACUCGAAGAGUUGAAUGAAUUUAGUUUUUCAAAUUUAAAUUGAAACAGAGAUUUGACAUUGUGAUUAAUUGUAACGCAUCACUGAGUUUAUUAUAGUAAUUGUGUCAUGGUAAGUGAAAAAAUGGAAUAACUUCAUAUUAAUAUGUUGAUUUUUUUUUUAGUUUUGUUUCCCCAAUUGUUGUCUUUGU